UUACAUUAAUUGAAAAACAAAGCUAAGUAUAAUAGAAUAAUGAGUGAGACCACAAGUUGACAAAUUUGAAGUCAUUGUUGUUGUUAAGAGAGACAUUUUUUUCCCCUUUUUUUUUUGUUAUUUAGAGAAGAUCUCUUAUCUGGGAUGUGGGAUCUCUCGAUUUUCUCUCAUCAGAUACUGGCCCAGCAGAUCUGAAUUUUCCUCCUUUAUUUUUUUUUUCUGGGGUGACCAUGAUCUGAGCUUUUCUCUCUAUUUUUUCUUUUGUUCUUCAAUGGCUGGUUUUUUCAGAUACCCAAUUCCUUAUUUAGGCUUUACAAGGUCUUUGUUUUCAUGUUUUGGUUCAUAUAGAUCAUGGGUUGUUCUGGGUUUUAUUGUGUAUUUUUUUCCUGUUCUGCUACAGUGAAUUGUCAGGAAUCAUGUUGGAUUCUGGGUGGUUGUCAUUUUCUGGAUAAUUUGGUGACUUUAUACAGCAGAGUCUGAUAAGUAGGGUGGCAAAGAAUAUAAUUAUGAGGUUGGAUAUUUUGGUGCUUUGAUUGAAUGGGAACUGAAGUACAUUCAAACAUGCAGCUUCCUGGAUACUAUUCCUUGAGGAAUCUAAAUGGAAAUACUGGCAACGUUGGCUGGCCUUUACAUCAUGAAAACAGAAACUCAGGGCAGUUCAAUGAUUUAUUUCUGACGAGGCUGGCAAUGGGAUAUGAUAAGGAACAAAUGAGGCAGACUAUCUUGAAGCAUGAUUCUAUAUUCAGGCAUCAGCUCCGUGAACUCCAUCGUCUUUACAGAAUACAGAGGGACAUGAUGAAUGAAAUCAAUAGUGAAGAAGGAAACCAACAUUUGAUUCCUGUGGCUACAUCACAGCCAAAUCCUUUUUCAUCUGGAUUUAUGUCUGAAGAUGAACAAAAGAGGUGUCAUGCUUCGGAAUCUCAUUUGUCAGACUUAAAUUGUUUUAGACUAUCCAUGUCUGGUGCACAUAACAUCCAGUCCCAGUUUAGUCCUUUGAAAGGGAAUGUUGUCCAAUCUGGUUGUGGUUUGACUCAAAAUGGAUUAAAAUUAAAAAACUGUGAAAGUUUGGAAUCUCAUUGCAGCAAGGUUCAGAGCAGAUUGUUUGACCUUGAAUGUCCAGCCGAGGAAUGUAUUAACGAAGAAGAGGGAGGGCAAGGAAUUUCUGCAGUGUCAGGAGUGGAAAUUGACCACUUAAAAAGGAGUUAUGAGGUUCCCUGUAAGAGGGAUGGGGAUUUAUCUAUGCACUUUGAUAGCAAUUAUAGUUGUAAUGAUGCAGCCAUCAGUUUCAAUUUAAAUUUAAAGGAAACUCGUGGUUUCACCGAUUUGAAUGAACCUAUCUUGGUUGAAGAAGCAUCUACUUCAGCUUGUGUUGGCAUUCCUGGUAACAUUACCUGCUCCAAGCAGGAGGUCCAAAGGAAGGAUCUAUCAUCAUUGUCACGCUCACAUACAGGCUUCCAGCAUUGGGGUGCAGAAUUUUCGCAUGACCGCAACAAAGCAGGAGAUAGAGGGAUUAGUCUUAACAAUCUGCAUUUGGAGGCUGAAAGGAGGCAAAAUGGAUGGUUCUCCAGUAAAUUUGAAAACGGACAAACCAGAAGCAAUGGAAGUUUUCAUUCUGAAGAUUUGCAUAUCCCAUGUAGAUCGGUACAAGUUGAAACUACCAAGGCCCAUUCUGCAAUGUUUCUUUUAUCUGAUCAGAAUAAGAGAGAAACAUGUACUAAACGGAAAAUUUUCGGUGUAGAUAUACCUGAAAAGAGUACUGGUGCAUCUGCUGCUGCGUCACAUGCACUUGAUCCACUGCCAGUUCAUUCUCAGUUAGAGGCAGACAAUUCUGAGAUACUCUCUUGUUCAACUUGGACAAAGUUUUCUGGUAACUUGAACCAGAAUUUAUUAGGAAACCCUGGCUCUAGGACCUAUGGCCAACUGAAUUCUAGUUCAACGGCCUUGAUGCAGGGUCAUGACAUUAUUUGGGGCAAGUUGCUUGUUGAUGGCAAUUCAAGAUCUCUUCCAAGUUUGAGAGCUGAAGCAUCAUCCCAAAAUGACUUUCACUUUGGCUCUCCAUCUGAUUCCAAGGAGUCACGUGUUUGCUGCGCACCAGUUGGCUUCUGCAACCAAAAUGGCACCAGUGAGAGUAAUUUUGCUUCUGAACAAUCAGCUCAACAUGGUCCUAAAAUUGGCUUCGAAUUUUUACCAUGCAUGAUGGAGUCAAAGUCUGCAGUAGAUCUAAAUAUGGGUGCAAUUGCUGUGGACAACUAUCAGAAUGAAGAAAUUUCUCAAUCUGGCUUUGUUUCUAUGAACAGAUCAGUGAAGCAGAACUCAAAUGGAGGAUUGUCUUGGUUAACAGCCGCAAGACCAUGUGAUGCCAAACCUAUCAAAGAAGAAGUUUCUGGUCAAAUGAAUCUGAAUUCCUUGCAAAACUGCUCUCAGCAAUCAAUUGAGAAAACUGCAAUGCGAAUCCAAGAUUCCUUUUCAGCAACUUGUGCUGCCGAUGCUAAGCACCGGAAAAGCGGUAAUGGUUGCUCUUCAAGCAGUACAAAGAUUCUUGGGUUCUCCAUUUCUGGAAAUGUAUCCAGAGAUCUGCCUUUGCCGAACUCCCCCUUAAAGCCGGGUUUUCCUGCUUCAGCAAUCGAUGGUGUUAACUCUGUUAUAACUCAUGGUCCUUUGCCACCCAAAUGUGAACAACAAUGUCUAUUGGAGGGUCUGGUUGCAGAGAAGAGAUCAGUUAAUCAGAAUGCUGAUGUCAGGCACAUUGAUUUGAAUUUGUGUGUUAUGGAAGAAGGGGUAGAAGAAGAUGUUCAAUCAACACCCUCUUCUAUGAGAACCAAUAUAAGGACUGCCAAGAUAGAUUUGGAUAUGCCAGUGGCCAUUGAAAUGGGAAAUAAUGAUACUUCUGGUUGUGAAUAUCUUGAAAGCAACCUUACAAAACCUUUUAACUUGCAAGAUGAAGAAAUUAGAGAGUCUCAAGGACUCUUGAGUGUUUCUGCUGCAGCUGAGGCACUGGUUGCCAUAUCAUCAUCGUGUGUGACUAAUCUUCAGGAGAAUGUCAGUUGUCAACAAUCAGAAACAUCAGCAAGUGAUUCCCUUCAUUGGUUUGCAGAGAUAGUUUCUUCUUGCUGGAGUGAUCCUGAGCAUGAUAUUGAGGCAGCCAAUGGUGCAUGCCUUGGAGACUCAAUACCUGAUGGGAUUGAUGUUUUUGAGUUCAUGACAUUAAAUUUGGCGGAGACCAAAACAGAGGAGUAUUAUUAUACGCCACAAGUUCUGGAGAAUGAAAAAAGUGAAGAACCACUUUCAAAACGACCCCGGAGAGGACAGGCAAGGCGAGGAAGGCAGCGGAAGGAUUUUCAGAGAGAUGUACUUCCCAAUCUCACUUCUUUGUCGAGAAAUGAGGUGACUGAGGAUUUUCAGAUGAUAGAAGGCCUAAUUAGAGAAAUUGGUGGAAGUUGGCAGUCAAGUUUGACACAGAAGAAUAAUGCUAAGGGCAGUACUGGUAGGGGAAGGAAGCGUUCAGGGGGAUCUGCUCCUCCCACUACGACUGAAGACUGUUUGAACCAGUUUCAGCAAAUGAAAACAGGACUUGAAGAAAGAAGCCUAACAGGAUGGGGAAAGAGGACCAGGCGUCCACCACGUCAGAGAUACCCAAUUUGCAGUCCUCUUGCUAUAAAAUAAGCGAAAACCAAAAUCAGUUUGUCAUUUCAGAGUGAACUGGAUGUUCUUGUCAUGGCUUCGCUAGUUUUCCAAGCCAGGAAGAUUCGUAUUGUACAUCAUCUUUCUUUUCAUUUUCCCUUUUUAACCAUAAUUCGGUUUUCUCUUAGUUCACAGUAUCCUAAUUCCUGAGUGACUUGUAUAAUUUUUUUAUAAAUAAGUUGUAUUGCCCCUUAUGUAACCAGAGAAGGAAAAAAAAAAAACUGAAAAUUUUCGACGUAGAAUGUAAAAUAUUCCAUAGGAUUGCUUGAGAGUGUGCAAGAACUGUUCAAUGCCUCACUGUUAAUGAGCUCAUUGUUAUAUUUCUGUGUUUUGGCUGAUCAA